UGGGUAGCUGGCCGGGGUCUCCUGGCGACGACGAUGGCGGGGGAUGUGGGCGGUCGCAGCUGCACGGAUUCGGAGCUGCUGCUGCACCCGGAGCUGCUGUCCCAAGAGUUCCUUCUCCUCACCCUGGAGCAGAAGAGCAUAGCUGUUGAAAAUGAUGUGAGAAUGAACAAAGACAGUCUUGCUGAUCUUUAUGUCCAGCAUGCAAUACCAUUGCCUCAGAGAGAUUUGCCAAAGAAUAGAUGGGGGAAAAUGAUGGAAAAGAAAAGAGAACAACAUGAGAUAAAAAAUGAAACUAAAAGGAGUGGCGCUGUGGGCGGGUUAAGGAAAAGACCCCUCAUUGUGUUUGAUGGAAGUUCAACAAGUACAAGCAUAAAAGUGAAAAAGACAGAGGAUGGACAUAACGAUCGACUCGAGCCUCCCGCUCAGGCAAGCUUUACCAGUAAUGCCUUUCGAAAAUUAUCAAAUUCCUCUUCAAGUGUUUCACCCCUAAUUUUGUCUUCCAAUUUGCCUGUGAACAAUAAAAUGGAACACAAUAAUAAUGACACUAAACAGAACCAUGACUUAACGCAUAGGAAAAGCUCUUCGGGCGCUGUGAAGUCACCACCUUUGUCCCCUGUUGGAACUACUCCGGUGAAAUUAAAGCGAGCUGCUCCUAAGGAAGAAGCCGAGGCUGUGAAUAACCUGAAGCCCCCAGAAGCAAAGAGGAAGAUACAACAUGUUACAUGGCCAUGAAGGAAAGUUUCCAAAAAUGUAAAUAUAACUGUAACUAGUUUUUCAAACAUGUUCACACACAUUGACAGUAUUUACAGAGAUCCUGAUUGUUAUGGAAUUUUCUUAAGAGAUUUAAAAUUACGUUCAAAAAAAUAGUCUUGUCUUUCCUUUCUUCCUUCCCUCUCUUCCUUUUUUAAAAAAAUUAUUGCCUUUCAUGCCCUGAUUAGGAAAGAAUUUUUUUUUAAAUGAAUGGCUUAGUAUAAGUCUUUUAUAUUGACCCUAGUCAAAUCAUUAGCUGCAAGUCUGGUCCAAAGCAUCUGAUGAAUUUCAGGAAUUAUCCUCAUUAGUCUAUUUUAGUCUUUGGGGGAAUUUGAGAUUUUUUAAAAACUCAAAUAUUUUAGUAGUUCACAAUUUUUAUUUCUUUUCCCAAGCAAAAGAAUAUAACAGUUCCUCACGAUAUUUUAGCAAAUACUGCCAAACUCAUCCUCAAGGUUCACCAAGAAAAGCAUAUGUAUAGUGCUGCCAAUAACCUGUUCAGAAUAUAUGGAUAAAAUUGCUGUUCUUUAAGUGCUUGCAUUGCUUCUUCCCGUAAAAAUCAGGAGAGAAAUCAGUGCUUGCUAUUGCUUCUUUCCUUGAAGUCGUAAUAGAAUUGAUUUAUUCUGAGUUGACUGGUCAGUCUUGACCCUGGUCCACCCUUGAGAAUAUUCUUGUCAUGCAGCAGCCCUCCCUACUCUUUUCAUGAGCAGUCUGUGAUCUCACUCUGUGAGCUCAGGUGUCACUCCCUCCUAGGAGCUUACUCUUCCCUGAAGCUAACUGUAAAAUCUUUGGGUGAAGUAAUCAUGUUAGAAGUGGUACCCGAUGGCAGGAAGUUUAGAGACUUGGAAGAGGGGGGAUAGAAUUCUAGAACUUAAGAGAGUCCAGGGAGUAUGGCAGUGACGGGGAAAACUCAGCGUGAUCUGGAGUAGGCAGAGAGGAGAUGCUGAAGUCAGAAGUCAGCACAGAGUGAUGGCGUAGAAGUGUGCCAGCUGGACGGGGCUCCCUGCUGGUGUAGUAUGGACAGCUUCCCACAGGGCUGUCACACACAGAAGUAUCUGGUAAGGUUUUGUGUUUGUGUUAAAUUGGUAUUCUCAUUCCACUUGUAUAAUGAAAGUCAGUGGGAAAAUAGGGUACACCUUUUAUUCAUGAGUUCUAGUGUCCACUUUUCUGCUAUAUAUUUCUAACCAAGUGCAAAGGAUAGUUUAUACUUUGUCCCUUGUAUGAUUGAUCUUCAGAUUGGGGUUUGCCUUUUCAAUACUUUUUAGAGGAGUCUCAUUCUUCUUUUGAUUUGUUCAAAUAAGCAUUUUAGUUCAGCUAUUCAAUAGCCUUACAAAAAAUUAAUUCAGCCUUGCUGGUAAGUACUGUACUAAAACUCUAACCCUGUAGUUUUUAGCCAUUCUGCCUUUAUCCAGACUGUAAAUUUGUACACAUAAGACAAAAUUGAUACACACUAAGUGUUGCUAAAUUGUUAAUGUUAUAGUAAAUUGUUAAAUAUAUAGUUAUCUGCAGGGCUGAUACGUGUAAUAUUGUUGAAGGACAACUGUGAUCCUAUACAUAAUUGUAUGUUAAGGGAGAUUUUAAAAGUGCAGAUUUUAGGGUAGAAUGACAAAUUAUAUUUGGUUGUCCCCUCUGCUUCCAUCUGCAUUUCUCUCUCAGUUAAGAGAGAGUUAGCAUUUGACAGUUUUAAGUCAGUGGAAACUUAUUUUUAGUUACUCAAUAAAAGUAAUUUUUAAUUUGUAUAUUUAACUUACAGAGUAGGUUGGUAAUAACAGCUGAACUGUGUAACAUUGUUGCUUCAAAUUGAAGUUUAUAUUAUGAACACUCAGAAUCAAUGCUCAUAUAGCAGCAUAUUAUUGAGCUAUUUUGAGUUUGAAAUGUGGAGAAGCACUAAACCAUGUACUUUGUAUUAUAUAAUACCUACAUCUUAGCGUGCUGUGCCUUCUCGAGGUGUAUAGAUGCAGCUUGUCCUGAUAUGUCUUUCUCCACAUAAUGAAGCCUGCUGAGUGAUUGGACUCUGAAGCAGAAGUGUUGGGAAUCCUAUGUUUUGAAGUGUUGCUUUGGUGUGCUUUAAAGGUUAGAAGGACUUGAUUUGAAUGGUGAACAACUUUGGAAUACUCUUUGCUUGUAACCUGGGUUAAUAUUGUUGCUCUUGAUUCUCUAUUCCAGUAAAGCCAGCUUUUCUUAUUAUUGGGGUAGGCAGGUGAUUGACAUUAGAGUCAGUAGGUGGCUUCUGAGAUGUAGUUACAGGCACUUGACCACUUCCUGCCAUUUGCAGGUGGUCUUGUUCUUUUCUUUCUCUCUCUUUGGUUCCCUGUUUUCCUUUUUCUUAUCCUCUUUUCCCAUAUUUUUCCUCCUUUCUGUAGAGCCUAAGCUUUAGGCUUAGGUUUGCAGGUCAUACUGCUUGGCCCUUCUCAUUCCCUGAGGAAUGAGAGGCUGACCCCCAAUCCUCUUACAUUUGAGGGAUCAUAGACUGCUGUGUGAAUUCUGGAAAGUCUCAAGACUCUGCAGCACCCAGGCGCUCAGUUGCUUCCCAGUGGCUGUAAAGGCAGCACAGUUUACCAAAAUAGCUUUUAUUACCUAGACAGCUACCAGGCACUUUGGAAAGUGGGUUCAGCUACUGCUAGGAGGCCAUAAUAUUUUUGCUAGUAUUAAAAUUCUUCAGAAUUUUCAUUAUUAUUUGAAAUAAUAUUUUGGUUGAUGUAAGUUUUGAGAGAUGAUUCUAAAACUGAUCUAGCGACUCAUUCAAUAGCAAUGACGUUUUUAAAACUUACAUUAAGUGAAACUGCCAGUAGAUUAAAUCAUAUGUAAGAGCUUCCUCUAUUUACUACUGCGGAACUUCAGUAAUUUUUAGAGGCUACAAAAUGGUCAAGACGUUUUUAAGUGUGCUCUUUUAUUAAAUGCUUGUGCAGGUUUUGUAAUUCAGUACAGAAAGUUUAACCUUGUAAUGUACAUUUUUGUAUGUAAAAAGUCUUUUAAGUAGCCUUAUCCUUAUUUAAAUAAACUGAAUAAAAUUAUUGAGUAGGUCUGUCAUUCCUAAAAAAAUAAAGUGGAAAAGUACUCUGUAAUGACUUGAUCUCUCUUUAUUUGAGCAAACGGUAUCAAACAGUGUUAUUCUGUAUAGCACGGCCUUCUGUACUUGGAUUGAUUGGGAUCAGGGUCAGGCGUGACCCCAGUAGUUCAGCCACAUCUUGGGGCCCCUGCUGUGAAGUGGUGGGUGCUAGAGUGGCCUGGGGUUUGGGAUAUCCUGACACUACAGGGGCUAACAUGUUGAUUGCCACUAUGCGUUGAGGGAUGGAAAUGGACAACCCCCGAACCUUAUCCCCUCUAAGCUUUCUUAACAAAGGGUGACAAACCAGUUGAGGGAUUAUUUGUGUUUGGGGUGAUCUUAAAAAAGUUAAUUUCUAAACGGGUAUCUUAAUAUUGGAGACUGAAGCUCUAAACUGACUAACUUGGAAAAGCCUGGAGUAACCUUCUACCUUGAACUUAAAAAGUAGAUCCUUCAUUUUUUGUCUGGACAAAAGAGACAAAAUCUUAUUUCCAUUUAGAUUGUUUUUGCUAAAGUGCUUUUUAGUAACUGAAGUGCUGUACUCUGUCAGUUAUUAUUAAACUUGGUUGUCUUCCCUAUUGUGGCAGAAAAAAUAAAGAUGCGAAUUAAUUAAGUUCCUGCUCAAUGAAAUAAUGGAUAAUCAUAAUGACAAACAAAUCAAACCGAGUCAUGAAAUAGUGAGGGAUGGGGAAGGUAGGGUGAGGAGCUACUUUAAAUAUAGUGGUUAGGAAAGGCCUCUUCGAAGAGAUUAUAUUUUGGGGAAAAUAGUUAUGGAAAGUUUUCAGGAGAAGCAUCCUACGUGUGAUAGAUUUUAAAUGGCUACAUAUUCUUUGUUGCUCCUCCCAUCCAAGGUGGAGUCUGUUUCCCACCACUUGACUAUGGACUGGCCUUGUAAUUCACUUUGAUCAAAUGAAUGCUCCUGCUCUUACUCUUGGACGCCUGCUGCAGCCAUGCGAAAGAGCCAGCUAGAAAAACAUGUCCCAGCCAACAGCCAGCACCAACCACCAGAGAUGUGACUGUUAGUCACCCAUCCCCACUCUAGCUGCCAGGUGACUGUGGCUGCACGAGUGUCCCAGGUGAGACCAGCCCAAAGAGCUGACUCAGAAUCCUGAGCAAAUAGAAUGGGGGUUGUAUUCAGCCACUAAGUGUUGGGGAUGGUUUGCUAUCCAACACUGGAUAACCAAGAUACCAGACAAGGGCAAAGGGAAACCCCUGAGGCUGUUAGAACAGAAAAACUGAUGUACCUCAGAUCAGUGAGACAGCGGGGAGGGUCAUAUAAAAUCAAGUCAGAGAAGAUAGGCAGGAGCAGGUGGUGUGGGAUCU